GUCCUCAUCAGCCCGCUAUCCGUCGCGCGUCCCUGCUCCUCCCACCACAUCAACCCACAUCCGGCACCAGAAGGGGGGGUGGCCGCCGCCAAGGCAAACCGGGCUGGCCAACCAACUCAACGGCAGACCCUCCAAACCUUUUUUUCCCUUUGCCAACUUACAUCUUACAUUUCGGACGGCUCGCCGCCGUGGCACCGCAACCGAGUCACUACCGUACUGCAUCCGCACUUGUGCCGUGCCGUGCGUGUCUGGACUCAUCUCGAUCGCCCGGCGCAUCUGAUUUUCGUCAUGCCCGCUGCCUCGACAGCAUCUCCCAAGCAGGACCCUUAGAACAACUCGCGCCGGACCCCCGGAAUCGGACACCGAGACCCGGGAGACCCGUCGUCCUCCGCAUUCCUCGGCUCGCGUGCUGCAUUACUAACCGCACCUCCAUACUGCAUACAACCUCACCUCACCUACUACCCGUAUCGACCUGCUGCUGCAUACGACCACGAUCGCUGCGACUAGGUUAGGCCUACAUUCGCCCGACCAGCCCGGCGCGCCUGCCAUGAUCUCCCCCGAGAACAUCCCCCUCCCGCCAGACGACGGCCCCGUGUCGCCCUCGUCGGCCCAUCCUCUUACCUCGUCCGCCAGCGGUUCCGCGGGGACCUCGCCCAGUUCCAUCUUCCAGCAUGGCUCGUCCACCACCAAGUCGUCGUCGGGAAGCCAGACGCCCGUCCAGAUGGACACGGACGCCGCCGGCAACAAGAAUCGUGACACCACCGUGCCCGCCGCCUGUCUAGCCUGCCGAAGCAAGCAUCUCAAGUGCGAUGGCCAGAACCCGUGCGCCCGCUGCCUCUCCUCCCAGAGCGAGUGCGUCUACGUCGCCUCGCGCCGCGGCUACAAGGGGCCUCGGCGUGGCACGGCGCAAAAUCCGAACAAGAGGCAGGCGACGUCGCCACCCGACGUCAACGGGGGCGCGCCGUCCGACUGUCCCAUGCUGUUGGGGUCGCGGUCCGGCGCACCCGCCUUGGAGGGCAACGGCUAUCCCGCCGUCACCAUGAUGCCCGGUGUCGUCCCGCCGCAGCAGGCUCAGCAGCAAUUCAACGCCGGUCCGUCAGGCAUGCAGCUGUACAAGUCAUACUGCUCCGUCAAUGGUAUCGACCCCGUCGCCUUUGCCGCCUCUCACCACAAUGUCGGCCAGCCCAUACCCGUCAAGAGCGUUCCCGAGCGCUGCCUCGACGCCUUCUACCAUUACUUCUUCGGCUCGCAUCCCUUCGUUCUGCCGAGGGAGCACCUCCUGCGCUUGUCCAAGAGCGGCGUCAUGGAGGUGGUCCUUGCGGCGAUACGCUGGGUCGGCUCCAUCUUUGUUGACGUCGGGCCCGCCGUCCGCGAUGGCCUCUUUGAGGAAGCGUACCGGCUCAUCUACGACCCGGCCACGCCGCGUGACGGCUUCAUGGUGCAGGCCAUGAUGCUACUCAUUGUCGGCCUCGACGGCGCAUGCAAGCAGGAAAAGGCGCGGGCCAUCUUGAGCGACGUGGAGCGCCUGGCUCUGGAGAUUGACCUCAACACAAGGCCAUUUGCGACGCUCCACGGUCAGGGCAUCCCCGUGCUCGAGGAGAGCUGGCGGCGGACGUGGUGGGACCUGUUCAUCAUUGACGGCAUGAUUGCUGGCGUCCAUCGCGUCACCAAUUUUCUGCUCUUCGACGUGCCCGCCAACGUCGCCUUGCCCUGCGAGGAGCACCAAUAUGUCUCUGCUAAUAUACCAAUCCCCCUCUACCUCGAAGACCUUGAAGACCGCGACUUUUCCGACGAGGACCGCGAAUUCUCGUCGUUUGCCUACCGCAUUCUCUGCGGGCGCAACCUGGGCAAGUUUAUGCGCACGCCACCCAUCUUCGGGCCAGAGGACGAGAACAUGGCGCGCAUCGAGGCGCUGCUGACCAACUGGCGGCUGCACCUCCCCAAGACGAAGCGCGACGCGCUGCAGCGGGACGGCAAGCUCGACGAGAUGAUGUUCCAGGCGCACAUGAUGAUGCACGCCACGUCGAUCCUCCUGCACCAGCCGCACUCGCAGCUUGACACGACGCCGACGCAAGACAUCAACUCGUGCGCGCCGCACCAGAUGGUGCCGGCGGGCGACCUCUUCAACACGCACACCAAGCACACCAUCGAGUCGGCGUCGGCCAUUAGCGACAUGAUCACGCACCGCGUGCCGCUGCUGUCGCACACGCACUUCUUCACGUGCGUCAUCACGCUCUCGUCGAUUGUGCACCUCAGCCGCUGGGCGCUCUUCUUCAUCCCCCACGACGACGACGACCUGCGCCAGCAGGUGCGCCUCAACAUUGGCGCGCUCAACCGGCUGGCCGAGGUGUGGGGCGCCGCGGACCGGGCGCGCGGGCAGGUCAAGGCCGUGGCGCAGGAGAUUUACCAGGCCAAGAAGCAGCAGCGCCUCAACUCGCAGUUCUGGGUCGGGCUCACGCAGGAGGACAUGCUCAACACGAUUGCCACCGACGACUCCAUCAUCAGCGAGAUUGAGAGCUUCCAGGUGCCGCCCAACCUGCUGGGCUAGCCGACCCCAUGCCCACAUCCGGUUGUGAGUUUUGAGUUUUGUUUUGGAGUUUUACGGAUAUUGGAUACAGGGAGGGGGAUAAUUCAUUACGGCCGCUGUUUGUCACUCAGUCGGCCUCGACUUGUAUACAUACACAUGGUGCAGCGUUAAACCGAAAAGGUGUUGAGGGCAGAUGCAGGUGGUUCGACUUGUCUUUUGUGUAUACCUGGUCACUACCUACUAGUUACUUAUCACUACUAUUUACCCAUUGCGGACCACGU